GAGUGGACCUGGGAGAGGCCUGAGUGAGUGAGUGAGUGAAUUAAUGACAGAACGGAAACAGAAGGAAGCUCGAGUCCUCUGAAGCAGGCGGUCGACGUGAAUCGAGGGAAAAACCAUGGCUGUUAACAAGUGUGUCAAAUACCUUCUCUUCUUCUUCAACCUUCUUUUUUGGCUGAGCGGUUGCCUCAUCCUGGCCGUCUCCAUCUACCUGAGAGUCAGCAAGGGUGGAAACCAGAUCACCGAUCAGUACUUCCCUGCAGUCAACCUGAUGAUUGCCAUCGGCACGAUCAUCAUGGUUCUCGGCUUCCUGGGCUGCUGUGGAGCCUACAGAGAGAGCCGCUGCAUGCUGCUGCUGUUCUUCAUCUUCCUUCUCAUCAUCUUCAUCCUCCUGGUGGCAGCAGGCAUCGCAGGAGCUGUGAGCCAGAAUAAGAUGGAAGACUGGGUGAACAAGCAGUUGAAAGAUAUGUUGCCACUUUCAAAACAACCUGACACGGUGAAAAGUGACCUGAAGAAUCUGCAGAAAGAUUUCAAGUGUUGUGGUCUUGUGAACGGAAAGACAGACUGGUCCCCAGAUCCAUUCCCAGAAUCCUGUCGCUGCAACAUCACCAAUAGUCCCACCCCUGUCCCCGGUGCUGAGUGUGGCUCAGAAGGUUACUACAGCACGCCCUGCUCCACCCGAAUCAUCAACCUGAUGAAGGAGAAUAUGGUGAUAGUGCUGGGAAUUGCCUUCGGCAUCGCCGUCCUGCUGAUUUUUGGCUUGGCUUUCUCCAUGGCUCUCUACUGUCAGAUCAGCAAGAAGGACGGACCUACCACCAACGCCUGAGGCACCAUCAUCUCUGCCCAAAUGUAACCGCAAUAUAUCCUCUGCUAAUCUAACUCAUCCUGUGCUUUCACUGUGAAGAAGCACACUGAGAUUAAAGUCUCUUAUACACUAGUAUGGAGUCCCAAUGGUUACCAAAAAAUACACUCUAUAUAAUCUGUAUUUUGUGUAAAAGGCAUUAUGUUACCUGAAACAAUAAAAUAGUUUGUGUCUGAGAAGCGGGCAGCUUUAAAAAUUACCCAGUAAAUGCAAAGUAAAUAACUGUAAUAUAAUUCAAUUGUGUUGAUUUAGCCUUUAACUGUUAUGAGUAUGUUGGUUAUGAUUUGAUUGUGUAUUUGACAAUGUACGGAAGCCAAUUUAAGCCAAAAAUAUUCAGUCAAUAGCCAAGUUGGUGCACAAAAUAAAAAUUAGUUUCUCAUGUUCUCUUAAAA